GCUUUCUCUCACCGCCUUCCUUUGUCUUUUGACACCGUCUCUUUUUCUUUUUAGUCCUUUCUCCUUUUCUUCUUUCCUUUCUUCACUUCUCUCAUUCACUUGCAUUCAGUGGCUCAUUUCUUUUUCUUUUUCACCUUCACCUUUAUUUUUUUCACAUAUGCCAGAAAUGACAAUGGAAAAGCAACAUAGAAACGUUCACAAGCCUCUUCUCUUUGAGAUCGCUUGGGAGGUUGCUAACAAAGUUGGAGGAAUCUACACUGUCCUCAAAUCCAAGGCGCCUGUUACUUGCCAUGAAUAUGGUGAUCGCUAUACAAUGAUUGGGCCUUUGUCCUACAAGACCGCACCUUUGGAGGUUGAAACACUCGAACCUGAUACGCCUGAACUUCGCUUGACACUUGAAUCCAUGAAAGAACGUGGCGUCAAGUUUUUAUACGGUCGUUGGUUGAUCGAGGGUGCACCUAAGGUGCUUUUGUUCGAUACCGGCUCAGUCUACCAUAAACUGGAUGAGUGGAAGGGCGAUCUCUGGAAUGUAGCCGGGAUCCCCUCACCACCCAAUGAUCAUGAAACAAACGAGGCUAUUCUCUUUGGCUACCUUGUAGCCUGGUUCUUGGGUGAGUUUGUUGCACACGAGCGCAAGGCGGUUAUUAUUGCUCAUUUCCAUGAGUGGCUCGCUGGUGUGGGUAUCGCUCUUUGUCGCAAACGUCAUAUCGACGUCACUACGAUCUUCACCACCCAUGCCACAUUGCUUGGCCGUUACCUCUGCGCUGGCUCCGUCGAUUUCUAUAACAACCUCAGGAACUUUGAUGUAGACCACGAGGCAGGCAAACGUGGUAUCUAUCAUCGUUACUGUAUCGAACGCGCUGCUACUCACUGCUGCGAUGUCUUUACUACUGUCUCUCACAUUACUGCUUACGAAGCUGAGCAUCUGUUGAAGCGCAAGCCAGAUGGUGUAUUGCCCAAUGGUUUGAAUGUGGUUAAAUUCUCGGCCAUGCAUGAGUUCCAAAAUUUACAUGCGGUGUCAAAGGAGCGUAUCCACGAUUUUGUACGCGGACACUUUUAUGGUCACUACGAUUUUGAUCUCGACAAUACCCUCUAUUUCUUCACUGCUGGACGAUAUGAAUACCGUAACAAGGGUAUCGAUAUGUUUAUUGAAUCUCUCCAACGCUUGAACGAGAAAUUAAAGGCCGCUGGCUCGUCGACCACUGUGGUCGCCUUCAUCAUUACCCCCGCUGAAACGCACUCAUUCACAGUUGAGACUCUCAAAGGUCAAGCUGUCGUCAAGCAGCUGAAGGAAACUGUUCACGAUAUUGCUCAGCGCAUGGAAACUCGUUUGUUCGAAAAGGCUGCUCGUGGUGGUGAUGUUACCACGACCCAGUUCUUGACCAAUGAGGAUCAGAUCUUGCUCAAACGCCGUACUUUUGCAUUGAAGCGGUCGACUUUGCCGCCAAUUGUCACGCACAACAUGGCUGAUGACAGCAAAGACCCUGUUUUAACUCAACUGCGUCGCCUCGGUCUCUUCAACCACCCAUCAGACCGUGUCAAGAUUGUUUUCCAUCCCGAGUUCAUCAAUUCCAACAACCCAUUGUUCGGCCUUGACUACGAAGAGUUUGUCCGUGGUUGCCAUUUGGGAGUCUUCCCUUCAUAUUAUGAGCCUUGGGGCUAUACUCCCGCAGAGUGCACAGUCAUGGGAGUCCCCAGUAUCACGACCAAUUUGUCUGGUUUUGGAUGCUUUAUGGAUGAUAACAUUGUGGACUCAUCUGAAUAUGGUAUCUACAUUGUAGACCGUCGUAUGAAGUCUGUGGAAGAGUCGAUUCAACAAUUGGCAGAACAGAUGUUAAUGUUCUGCAACAAGUCUCGCCGUCAGCGUAUCAACCAACGUAACCGUACAGAACGUCUGUCGGAUCUCUUGGAUUGGAAACGGAUGGGAUUGGAAUAUAUCAAAGCUCGUCAAUUGGCAAUGAGGAGAGCUUACCCCGAUUCCUUUGAUGAUGACUACUUUGGUGCUGCAGAACAGGGUGGCCCUCGUACUAAGGUUCCUAACCCCCGCUCAGCGCCUGGAUCACCGCGUAUCCGCACACCUCAAGAAGGAUCUGAAGCGGAAUUGACUUUAGCUAAUAUGUCGAUCCAUGAUCGUGAGAGAUAUCUUCAGUACAAGAUGCAAGGACAUGAUGAUGAUGAUGUAGAUCAGCAGAUCAAGGUCCCUUUCCGUCGCCAGUCGACACGUGAGGAGUUGUUGGCAGAAGGCGAGUUUGAGGUUGCGGAUGAGGCUGGAGAUAACGCUGUUACGAAUGGUCAUUACAAGUCGGGCAGCAAUGGUGUCAGUUAAACCAAAUGUGCUUUGUUUUACCCAAACAAGCCUUAGAAGAUUUAUGUACUUUGCCAAAUUUAUCCUUUAUCCUUAUCCUUUAUCCUUUUC